UCACAGAGAAGCGCACGCAUUCGUUCUUGUGUUAAAUGACCCCGAGAAAAGAGCAAAGAAGAUGUUACUCGAGCUGCACAUACUCUGCUUCAUGCGAACGUUCGCCUGACACGCUUAGACGAAAGGAAAAAGAAUAGAAAGCGCCAUGGGGUUUAUUUUAGGCAAAAGUUUCUCCGCGAUGUUGCGCUUUUUAACUCCACUGCUCGUCGGAUUGUUUUCACAGUCAGUCAGAGUGACAACUGCUGCCAGUUGGAAACAUCCCCUCGCUGUCGUCCACCAGGGAAGUUCACCUCAUUGGGCGAGGCAGGGCCGUUCUUUCUGGUCAACGCAGGCAACGGAACCGCUCAUUGUCCCGGCACGAGCUCCCAGCGUACAUCUGUCACAGGAGGAGAUCCAGAAGCUGCGCUUCAAACCCACCGUGGGCACAAUCCAGCGGUCAGAGGGGGCAGAGGUCAAAUUUAACUGCUCCAUAGACAUCAAUGAUGUGAACCAGGACCUGAAUAUUCUGUGGUUUAGGAACGGUAAGGAAAUCCCUGAUGGCAUGCAGACGGAGGUCUACACUCAAGGGACGGUCACUCUGCUGUCCACUAUAAGAAAAAGUGUAAGCUUACCAGAACGCAACGAGUCUUCCAGCACCAUCACCAUUGAAGGUGUUGAUGCACUCACUCAGUACAGCUGUGAAGCUCACAAUGAGAAAGGCCUCACAGUAUCUAAAGAAGCUCACAUCAAUAUCAAAGAGCUUCCUGACAAAGUGUCAAAGGUCACAGUAGUAAAACGUGAGGCCAACAAACUCGUCAUAAGCUGGACACCGGGACACGACGGCUUCUCUCCUCUCAGCACAUGCUCCAUCACAGUGCGAGAGCUUUUGGAGCCAGGAAGCCCCACUGCCGCACACCCCACACGCGUGCCUCCGUUCCAGUAUGAAAUCAGCAACCUCAAGGCCAUGACCUGGUACAACAUGAGCGUGUCCUGCACCAAUGAGAUCGGGUCGUCCCCGCCCAGCGCCUGGGUCCAGAGCAACACCACAGAGGGCGUUCCAUCAGAAGCUCCCCAAAACUUAACUGUUCAUGUGAACAAUUCCAUGCUGAUGAUCCGAUGGGAAGCUCCGCCCCCUGACAAGUUGAAUGGAAUCUUGCAAAGAUAUGAUGUCACAAUUAAACACGGAACACGUACAAACAAGAUCAGGAGCAAAAGAUCACGCUACUGGCUCUUUGUUCCAGACGCUGAAUUGCCCGAGUCUCCAUCCUCGACUCCGCUUCCCAGUCAUCCUGACUCCGCGUACAUCGUUCUUGGAGUUGCUUGCAGUUUUUGUCUGUUGAUGAUACUGAUGUUCACGGCCAUAUGGUUGCACAAUCGCUCUUAUUUGCAGUGUUUGUUUGGACCUGACGAUAAACUCAUUCCUAAUGUUGAGUACAGACCUCAGAGAUCCUACAACCGCUCAGCCAUCGAAAUCACACUUGCCAGUCUGGGCAUUAGCAGUGAGCUUCAGGGCAAACUCCAGGAUGUGAUGAUCAUGAGGAACCUGCUGUCCAUCGGUAAAGUCCUCGGAGAAGGUGAGUUUGGGUCUGUGAUGGAGGGGCAUCUCAAACAACCUGAUGGGACGUCGGAAAAAGUUGCCGUCAAGACCAUGAAAUUGGAUAACUUCUCCCAGAGAGAGAUCGAAGAGUUUCUGAAUGAAGCUGCUUGCAUGAAGGAUUUUCACCAUCCUAACGUCAUCAGACUCUUGGGUGUUUGUUUAGAGGUUGUUUCAGGCCACUUUCCUAAACCGAUGGUUGUUCUUCCCUUCAUGAAGUAUGGAGACCUGCACAGCUUCCUCCUUCGCUCCCGUCUCAGGGAAGAUGCUGUGUAUCUCCCUACACAGAUGCUCCUGAAGUUCAUGAUUGGCAUCGCUCAAGGAAUGGAGUAUCUCAGCGGCAGAAACUUCCUCCACCGGGACCUGGCAGCACGCAACUGCAUGUUGCGUGAUGACAUGAGCGUGUGUGUUGCUGAUUUUGGCCUGUCAAAGAAAAUCUACAGUGGUGACUAUUACAGACAGGGCCGGAUAGCCAAGAUGCCUGUCAAAUGGAUCGCUGUGGAAAGCCUCGCUGACAGAGUCUUCACGGUGAAAAGUGAUGUGUGGGCGUUUGGAGUGACCAUGUGGGAAAUAACCACUCGAGGAAUGACCCCAUACCCUGGUGUACAAAACCAUGAGAUUUACGAUUAUCUCCUCGAGGGAAACCGGCUGAAACAACCAAAUGACUGUCUGGAUGAACUUUAUGGCAUCAUGUUCAGCUGCUGGAGCGCUGAUCCAGUGGACCGACCCGACUUCACACAGGUUAGGAAGAGGCUGGAGAAUCUGGCAGGGAAGCUUCCCGUGGUUUCCAGCAGGAAGGACAUCAUCUACAUCAACACCAGCUUCCUCGAGGAGGAAGAGGAGUUACCCGGCGAGGCGGCGGAGGGCCCUGUGCUCACAUCCUCACCCUCCUGUAGUCGGCAAACCACAGACACUUCAGUAGUAACGGCGGAUGUUCACAAGAGCACAGAUGCAGAGGACGACCAGUAUGUUGUCGCCAUUUCCUCUGGGGACCAUGAGGCGAGAAGCACUGUAGACAUUGUAGAUACGCCACUACAGAAUCACAGACUCUUGGAACAAGACAGCGAAGAAACGGUCAGGCACGGGACGGCGACGCAGCAAACAUCUAGUGACACCACACAUUUGCUCUGAUGGGAAGUUGAAAUGCAGCAGAAAAUUGACUUUUUGUGGUAUCCAACUGAAGUAUAUUUUGUCAAAAAGCUGAAUAAAUAAUGAUUUUAUUCAGACAGGUUUCUUGAACACCCAUCUGCCAUUGUUGGAUAAACAGUGCCAAACUCACACCAUUGGUUGAGUUAAAGGAAUAGUUCGCCCAAAAAUGAAAAUUUGUUGAAAAUGUACACUCCCUCAAGCCAUAUAAGAUCUAGAUUAGUUUGUUUCUUCAUCAGAUUUGGAGAAAUGU